AUGGCAGCACGACCUCUACUCCUUGGUCUAGCUUCAGCAGCCCGAUCUGGGGCUCUGGGCCUCCCCCUUCGAAAUGCACCCCAACGGGCCCUUCAGCUAUCUGCAGCAAACUUCAGACCCACGGCUGCGACCUCGAGCCCUUCAAGAUCAACCCCUCUCAAUAGCCAGGCACCACCCCCAGGCACUGUACCACCUCAAGCUGAAGUCUUUGCAGACAACAAGCACGCUGCAUUCCUGGGCGAAGCUGACAGCAACGAAGGACACGAUGCCUUCCGGGAGGCUCAUGGAGCACCUCAGCCCGCCCUCGAAGCCGAUAACUCGGCAUUCUUAGGGGAGGCGGACUCAGAUGAUCACUUCGAAGUGCGCAAGACUAUAGAAGGCGACAACAGUCCGGCUCUCGAUGCAGGAAAUGCCGCGUUCUUAGGCGAGGCCGAUAGUGACGAUGGCUUCGAGGCACAACGAGCUGCGGAGGGAGACAAGCAAGAAAGCCUAGACACGACCAACGCCGCAUUUCUCGGUGAAGCUGAUAGUGAUGAUGCACGUGAGGCUGACUUUGAUAUACAUCCGGAGAGGCAUCGACACAACAUUGAGGAUACCAGCACCAGUGGGUUGCAUGGGCAACAGGGAGAGCAAGACCAGUGA